AUGGUUGGGAAGGAAAAAGUCCCGAGCAAUUUUCACAGCAUUGAGUUAAAAGAUCCUGGAUGGGGCUGCAGACACCAACAAUGUUUCGUAUUAUUCUGGGUAUUAACUAUUGCCUACGGUAUGAGGUCAUGCAUUGGAGUGUCUCUGGUAGCCAUGACUGAUUACAGUAACAAUGAAAGUAGCUGGCAAGCAAUCCAGGUGGAAAAAUCGAACCAAGAAUUUAAACCUGAAGGGGUACUCAGUUCUUUGAUGUUAGUUCCACCGUACCCAAAAUUCAAUUGGAACAAAAAUGUACAAGAUACAGUAAUAGCCUCUUUCUUUUGGGGGUAUAUGCUACUUCAGCUGCCGGCUGGACAGUUAGCACACAGGUAUGGAGCCAGGUAUCUGUUAACUGGUGCUAUGACAGUCAACGCCGUGGUCUCAAUUUUAUUGCCUACGGCUACUUAUUACGGCGGUUGGUAUUUUACAAUAGUGUGCAGAGUAGUACAAGGGCUUAGUCAAGCUUGCAUUGUCCCUGGACUUCACACUUCUCUUGGGAAAUGGGCACCGUUACAUGAAAGAUCAAGAUUGUCUGCUUUCGUCUAUGGAGGUCAAGCUUUGGGAACUGUCUUUGGUCUACCAUUAACAGGUUUUAUAUCAGCAUCGCCUUUUGGCUGGCCUGGUAUAUUUAGAUUUUACGGUAUAUUGUCUGGAAUCAUGGCAGUGCUGAUAUGGUUUUUUGUAUACGAUACUCCAGCAAAACAUAAUAAAAUAUCAGAUAUUGAGAAAAAAUUCAUUGAAGAUGACUUGGGGAGAAGUGAGGGUAAAAAGAAAAUGCCAGUACCUUGGCUGAAAAUACUGCGUCACCCGGGCCUUUACGCAAUCAUCAUUGCACAUAUUGGCCAAGCAUGGGGACAACUGACUUUAUAUUCAGAAGUACCUGCGUAUAUGGACAAGAUCAUGGGGGUGAACAUCAAAGCGAAUGGAAUGCUGAGUGCUUUGCCGUUUUUAGUAAUGUGGUUUUCCAACUUUUUCUUCAGUUGGUUGACUGACUGGAUGAUUCGAAAAAAUAUAACUAGUGUUACUAACACGAGAAAAAUUGCUAAUUCAUUAGGUAAUAUUCCAGCCAGUAUUGGACUGAUAGCCCUGGCAUAUGCACCUCAUAAUAUUUAUGUUGUAGAAACAAUUUUGAUUAUUACUUGUGCAUUCAAAAUAUCUUCUCAUUGUGGAUUUCAAGUUCGUACAUUUUUUUAUUUUACAGUGAACCACAUAGAUAUAUCACCGAACUAUGCGGGGACGAUGAUGAGUAUUAGCAAUUUUGUGUCCAAUAUUGGUUCUUCAUUCUCACCAAUAGUGAUUGGAUUUAUAUUGACCGAUGUAGGAGACAAAUAUUUAUGGAGGAAAGUGUUUUUCUUAGCAGCAGGACUUUAUGUUAUCACAAAUCUAGUCUACGUGAUAUUUGGAACUAGUGAGAAAGCAGAAUGGAACGAUCCACCACAGGAGGAAGAUGUAGAAGAAAACGUGCCGAUGGUGAAGAGUUCUCUAAAGAAGCAAUGA